UAAAAACCAAAAACAUGCUCACACUCACUCCUCUCUUCUCUCUCUCUUUCUCUCUCCACUGAUGAUGAAUGGGAGACCCUAAAGCGACGUCGUGUUGUUCAUCAUCAUCGUGGAUUUCAUUACCUCCUGGUUGCCGAUUUUACCCUUCGGAGGAGCAACUCCUCUGCUACUACCUCCGCCCUAAAAACAAUCAAUCAUCAUCUUCAUCUUCAUCUUCAUCGUCGAAUUCUGAAUUUUACGGCACAAUUAAAGAGAUAAAUCUGUACAAUUUCAACCCUUUUGAACUUCCAGAAAUUACUUGUUUUCGAUUCGGAUUUAGGGGAAGAAAACGCCAUUGGUAUUGCUACACAGAGAAGAAGGUUAAUGUUAAUGGAGGUGAGGAGAGAGAAAGUAGGAGAAAGGCUGGUUUUGGGUUUUGGAAAAGGAAAGGUAAAGUUAGAGAUGUUAAUGUUAUGAGUAAUGGUGGAAAACUUGUUUUGGGAAGGAGGAAAUGUUUCAUCUUUUAUUUGGAUAAAUGUAAUGGCAAAACUAAAACUGCUAUCAGGACUAAUUGGUUGAUGUAUGAGUAUGCCCUAAUCGACAAUGUCGAGGCCUCAUUUGUUGUAUGCCGAGUGUUUGUCAGAUCACGUGGUCCAAACAGCAUUUCAGAGCAUGCUUUGAGUUCAUGUGCUGAAGAAAGCAUUGCAACUGUACGCCAUAUAGGUAUUCAACACGACGGAAGCAAUGUAUCUGUUAUGGAUGAUGAUAAAGCACUUGGCUGUGAUUAUGUAAAUGGUAAGAUAACGGGACAACCACCAAAUCUGAUUGACGAGACAGAACCCAACAAUCUGGAAGGUUGUAUUGAGCAAUAAUGCAAAUUGAUGGAGAAAUCUAUAUGUUUUGCCGAAGUUUCACUGCCAUGAGAAACUAAAUUGAGAAUGUAAUGAGUGAAGAAUCUAUAUCUUCUGUAUGCUCCAACACGAGGUUUCAAAACUAGAUUAUAUGUCCAGUGAAAUCACCUGAGCAUGCUGGCAGUGCUGACAUGCUGGUCGGUUCUUUGUCUGCUCGACAUAUAACAUCUAUCCUAGAAGGAGAUUAUAUAGAGUUGGAUGAUCUGGUAUGACAAGCCUGCGAUAACAUAUUAUACAAGAAGGAACCACUAAUUAUUUAGUUGCAAGAAAGUUUUGUUGAAGAAAAUUGCAACUAUUGCUUUUCAACACUUCACAUUUAUGCUGAUACUACAACAUUGUACACCGGAGACUGGCAUCCACCGAAAUCUGCAUUGGCAUCCAUGGUAUGAUGAAUUAGACCCCUGUAACGAACACUAGAAUGUGGUAUUAUAUCAAACUUAUGUAGGGACCCUGAUACAAUAGCUCUAAUAUCAAAAGUCUAAGUUCGACAAUGUCGUGGCAGGAUGUGUACCUGUUAAUGAUUUUCUCCAGUUCCUUUAACAGGCAACGUUUGCACAUACUGUUUUGGGUAUCAGUGUAGUCCCAAUUGUGGAGAGUAGUUCUCUCGACGAAGCCCUUAUUCGUCCCUGGAUGCUUUAUAUAUAUUUGUUCUAGCAAGAGGUGGGAAUGCUUUUGAAAGUAAUCUGCAAAUUAAGCUUUGAAGGAAUUGUCUUGUAAUUAUUUCUUUCUUCUGUCCUAGUUGGCUGUGAGUAAUAUUGUUCUAAGUUCUGAUUUCACUUGUAAGGCUCAUCAUAUCGUAAGCGACGGAUCCAAUUGUUUUAGUUUCUCCUAGAAUUAUGGCAGGGCGCUUACUUUUCUGUGGGAUUCAUCAAGAGUGAUGUUUUGGAUUAUUGUUUUUUUCCUUCCUAAUUUCAUUAGAGUUUAAAUUGUGAUCUUUCUAGGAGGAUCUCACUACAAUACUCCUACCUGGCAUUUUAUAUCGGCUUGAAAUUACCCAGUUUUUCCUUUAA